AAACAAAUCACAAUAGUUUCGAAGCAAUGUGAAUUUGGGAAUAUAUGUCUGCAAUAAUUUGGUUUGCUUAUCAUUGUUAUUAAAUAAAAUUAUUCCGGUAAAUAUUACUCGUUACGAAAGGAGUAAUACAAAUGUUUGUGCUCGCUGAGUUGAAGGAUACUAUACGAAUAGCGCCGGAUCAAUUUCACUUGAAAUUGGUUGAAGCGAUACGCGACGAAAUUAACCGGAAGUUGGCUAACAAGGUUUUAUUAAAUCUUGGCCUCUGCAUUGCGCUCAAAGAUAUAGUUUCGUUGAAAGACUCCAUUAUACUGCCCGGCGAUGGCGCUUCACAUACUGAAGUGCUGUUUCGCUACAUUGUCUUCCGUCCCACCAUUGGAAGCAUACUCACUGGUAAAAUACGUAGCUGUAGUCGCGAAGGUGUACACGUGACUUUGGGUUUCUUCGACGACAUACUAAUACCGCCGUCAGCGUUACAACAUCCCUCUCGCUUUGAAGAAGCUGAACAAGCUUGGGUAUGGGAAUAUCCACUGGAAGAUGGUGCAAAACAUGAUUUGUUCAUGGAUAUUGGUGAACCUAUCAAGUUUCGUGUGUCACGUGAAAUUUUCGAAGAGAGCUCACCUAUUGGACCACCUAAAACAGAUGCACAGCAAGCAAGCACAUCCGCAGCGGCAUCGGCGGCGGCAGCGUCAUCACAACAAACUGAAGUUAAAACGCCUUAUAGAAUAGUGGCUGCCAUUAAUGAAUCUGGUCUAGGAGUGUUGUCGUGGUGGGAUCAGCAAAAUCAGGGCGCAGAGGAGGGUGACGAAAAUGAAGAUGAGGAUAAUGUAGAAUAUGAAAAUGACGAAGAUGGUGAAGGUGCCUAUGAAGAAUGAAAUAAAUGUUUUUAUACACAAGACAUGAA